AUGGCCUAUCACAAAGUGAGUGCAGACCAGAGAGCACAGGGCCACUCUCCCUACCUUGACAACGAUGAGCUCCAAGCCACAGCUCUGGAACUCGAAUGGGACAUGGAAAAAGAGCUGGAGGAGCCUGGCUUUGACCAUUUCCGACUGGAUGGGUCGGUCCCACAUCACCUGGGAAACUCCCAGAGCCCUGACCUUGAUCUUGAGCCCAUCCAGCCUUCGUCUUCUCCAAAAGGAAGAUUCCAGCGCCUUCAGGAAGACCCCGAAUACGUCUCGCACUAUACGAGACAGGCACCAAAGAGCAACCGCUGCAGUUUUUUUCAGAUACUGAAAGUCUUUUGCACUGCCUUGAUUUUAUUUAUUUUUGGAGUUGUGAUAGGAUAUUAUGGACACAAGAAAUGCCCUUCUCCCCCAGCAUCUCAAGAACCAAAUAACCCUCAUAUCUACCAUGAAAUUCUCAAGGAAAUCAAAGCUGGAAAUAUUCAACAGAUUUACAGAGAUUUGUUACAGUCCCCUACAGAAGAUGAUGUAGAUGUUGCAAUGAAAAUUCUGGUUCAGUGGACAUCCCAAGGCCUUGAAGAUGUCCGGCUGGCAAAUUACUCUGUUUUGCUUGACCUACCAGGCUCUUCUUCAAACACCGUAACUCUGAAAAGCAGCGGUGAGUGCUUCUAUCCCAGUGGACAGCAGUGCAACAGAGAGCCCAAAACGCUUCAGAGCCAAGACCUCCUGUACUCGUAUGCAGCUUACUCUGCCAAAGGAACUCUUGAGGCAGAACUUGUUGAUGUACAGUAUGGCACUGUGGAAGACUUGAUCCGGAUUCAGGCCAUUACAAACGUGACCAAAAAAAUUGCACUUUUGAAGCUAGGACAAUCACCUUUGCUUUAUAAGUUAUCAUUGUUGGAACUUGGCUACUGUGCAUCAUUUCCAUCAAUAGAUCUUUGA